CGCUUUUGCAACACAAGAGGGCGAUAGAGGCUCGAUGCAUCAUUCCAGCAAGGCGUAUUAUUUAUUUGAAAACAUAGCACCUCACGUACACAUUAACUACUCGGCAUAAUAUACCGACGGAGCAGCAGGUGAAAUGGCGUUCAAAGUGAAAGUGGCAGACUCGAAGACCGUCCUACUCCGUUUGGGUCUUUGUUUGGUCAUUUUCUACACCCUGUACUACAUGAUUGCCAGCGUGUGUUUUGGAGCGUUCAGGCUCCAGCACUUUGAUGGACUAAUCCCUUUUGACUUCAGGACAGAACCCACAGAAUCCAGCGCAAAGUACUUGGUGAACCUCCUCUCUAUGGAGUUGACCUUCUUCUGCAGUGGGCUGCUGUUUGCUGCGGUUGUGCAGAGAUGGGUUUGGGACUACGCCCUCACAGUCACCCUGCUCCACGUACUGAUCACCUGCACAGUCAUGCAGGAGUUUCCUAUGAUGUGGCAGUGGUGGUUGGCUCUGGGUAGCGGCUUGUUCCUGAUGAUAUGCAACGGGCAGCUAAUCGCACACUUCGCCUGUCAAAGUGACCCCAGUUACCCCGCCUACCAGAGCUACUGACACGGCCGUACCCCUCUAACCAGAGCUACUGACACAGCCAUACCCCUCUAACCAGAGCUACUGACACAGCCAUACCCCUCUAACCAGAGCUACUGACAUGGCCGUACCCCUCUAACCAGAGCUACUGACACGGCCGUACCCCUCUAACCAGAGCUACUGACACGGCUGUACCCCUCUAACCAGAGCUACUGACACAGCCAUACCCCUCUAACCAGAGCUACUGACACGGCCGUACCCCUCUAACCAGAGCUACUGACACGGCCGUACCCCUCUAACCAGAGCUACUGACACGGCCGUACCCCUCUAACCAGAGCUACUGACACGGCCGUACCCCUCUAACCAGAGCUACUGACACGGCCGUACCCCUCUAACCAGAGCUACUGACACGGCCGUACCCCUCUAACCAGAGCUACUGACACUCAGCUCUGAGGACAAUCCAGAGCAGCCUCCUCUUGCUAGUAACCAUGGCACUAGUCCUGUUAGGCUGCAGGCAGUUUUGCCAUUUUUGGUCAUUUCCUGCCUGAGGUCCGCAGUGCUGUUGCUGUGACUUUUUCCCUUAAAGUGAUCUUUCAGAGUUUCCUACAUCAGAAAUGAGAUCAAUGGCUUCCUCCAUCCAUGGGGCAACAGUUAAUAAAUUAACGUUAACAAUUAAUAAUGAUAUUGGAGCAGACUGGCAGUAUCUUUCAGUGGAAUGUAUUUAACCAGAAGAUGCAAACAGGUUUGUUAACACAUGAUGUUUAUUUGCAUAAUAAUGGGCAAGACACUCGUUUCUAUAUAAUGGUAAUAGUCUGUUAAAACAAUGGCUUUGUUUUAAAAGCAGGCUGAUGCAGGUGUGUACUGUGUUUUCAGUAUUAAGAGCAGAAGUGAUACCUGAUUUCAUUUGUAGGACACAGGUCUGCUCACAAUCUCUUAAACCAUGACAGGAUUUUCAGUACCAUGCAGUGUUUUACAGUAGCAGGCAAUGUUUUACAGUAACAGGUGGUGUUUUACAGUAGAGAACAUAAUUUUAACUGUUGCACCUUUACAGUAAAUGUUUAUGUGUGUGUAUGUUCAUGUACAUAAAUAUACAGCCACAAAUGUAUUCUUAUAUGUUUCUUUGAAUUAUUUGUUUUGUUUAUAAUGUAUUUUAAGAGGAUAAAAAGGAUAAACUUGGAUUUAAAAAGCA